AGACAUAUGGAAAGAAAUCCAGAUAUGUGUAAAAUGUUCGCAAGGAACCCAUUUUUUGAAUCAGAUUUGGUUGUGGGAACGCAAUGGAGGAUCUAUUACUCUUGGAGUGUGCAGAUUGGACCUAAGUGCGUUGAUAUAAGCUUUAAGAACGGUACUAAAGAGAUAGUCCACCGCGUGUGGUCGGAUAUGAACGAGUAUUUGGAAAUGCAGCCCAACUGGGAUGCGGCGGCCUUGCUGCUGAAUAUCGGCAGCUCGCGGCAUGAAGUCAUGCUGUUCACGGAUCAGGGGCCAGUAGGCGGCUUCAUUGGUGUGCCCAACAUCGUACGAGAUGGAAAUAUACCACCACUAAGAAAAUCUGUAUCUUUAAUCAAAUUCCACAUGAAGCUGGUCGAGAGUGGAAGGUAUUUGGUGGUUAUGGACUGUCAGUUGGGCGUCGCUUCACUAUCGGCACGGAGUAACGUCCCCGUAACACUAUCUGAUAUCAUCACAGUGGCCAUGGAACUGAAUCUAGGGGAGGGACAUCCCGCGUGUACAGUAGCAAGAGACAAUGAAGACCCAUUUAUUAUGAAGCAAUAUAUUUAA